UAAAUCAUGAAUUUUUCCGUUGCUAAUGCCGUUGUGGAAUGCAAUUCUUAUUUUUCACGUGCACUGUCAUUUAACACUUCCAUUAUUGUAAUUUUUCUGUGCUUGGGAUUACUGGGAAACGUUCAAGUUUUAUACCUUUACAAAUACAAGAUGCCUCAAACAGAGGAACGGUUCUUCAUACCACAUUUAGCCGUGGCGGAUCUACUUUCCUGUGUGUGUUUAGCUUUCCUGGGUAUUACUAUUAACUUCAAUUACAUUAAUUUUUCACAUGAAGUCUUAUGCCAAUUUCUUCAUUAUAUUUCUUGGGUGACAACCUCAUGGUCAGCUUUUAUCCUUUUGAUGAUUUCAAUCAGCAGAUAUCUGAAGAUUUGUCGUCCAAAUGGAAAACAGAUGUCAAUUUUCGCCAAAAAGUGCGCCGUAGGUUGUUGCCUGAUAUUUUCAAUUAUUAAUACACUUCCCGUUGGUUACUUUGCUGGAUAUCGGUAUCAGGAUGUAAAUUGUUUGCAAAAUAAUAUAACCGUGAAGAUGUGCGAAUUAAGGGAGUUUGAAGGAACAACACACAUUUUAAAAAUGGUUUAUAUUUUCUUUGAAAUAUUUGUCCUCUUUUCCAAUGUGGGAAUCACUGGAGCAUUGUAUAUUCCAAUUGGCCUUCAAAUUUUCCGCCGAUUUAAAGGAAGAACUGAUAAAAAAUUUACCUACCAGGUAAACGAUGUGUCAUUUGGGAAGAAAGAUAAAAAAUCACUAGGAAACUUAGAAUCAGAAGUGGAAAUGGAAGUAAUGAGAUCUGAAAACAAAGGAAACGAAUAUUCAAAGACUGAAGCUGGCCUUGAUAAUGAAAUAAGGAAGCAAGCAUUUCGAGGUCCUUUGGCAGAUGCUGGAAAUUCUAGCCAAAGCUCGGGUAAAAAGUCGGAUGUUAUUACAACUAGAAAAAAGAAAUCAAGCACACGGAAGAAAAGGAAUAAAAACGUCAGAAAUAACUUCACUUACAUGUUUAUUACUAUCAUUGUAUUUUAUAUUUUAUCCUACUUCCCAACACUUGUAACUAUACUUUUGGCAACGGACGAUCCAUUCCACUUCUGGUAUUCCAUGGAUGUAGUGACUUUAAAUGUUGUUAUGUUAAUGAGGCGAUCAUCUAUUAUUAACCAUAUUGUCAAUCCUAUCAUCUAUGGGUACUUUGAUUUAACAUUCAGAAAAGCGUUCAUGAAGUCUCUCAGAAAAAUGUGCAAAUAGAUAAUAAUGACAC